AAGAGAAAGAGACACGAUCUGUCUACUGAUGUAGUUUCCUUUUCCAUUGUGGACUUAUUCCCAAUGUCCCAUUCCCAACUACCCUCUGUAGUCUGCAGAUAUAUAUGGAAGAAAUGUAGGUGAUAGUCUGCAUCUCUGCUAUACUCUAAAAUCCAGAAAUAUAUAUUCUUUUAGCAAACCUCUUUUGCAUUGUCUUAUUUUAGGUACUCCUGCGGCUCAGUCUGAUUGCCAGAAAGAUGGAGAAAAGCAACACAACUGGGUUGAGGGACUUCUACUUGACUGAACUGUCUGAUCUGCCUGAAGUACAGACUGCCCUCUUUGUGGUGAUUCUGCUGAUCUACUUGACCACCCUGGCAGGGAACGGGUCUAUUCUCAUGGCCAUAGGAACAGAUGCUCACCUACAAACUCCAAUGUACUUCUUUCUGAGUAAUUUAUCACUGCUGGACAUCCUUUGUCCAACAGUCAUUGUACCAAAGAUACUCCAUAUAUUCUUGUCAAAGGACAAGAAAAUAUCCUUUGUUGGCUGCGUGCUGCAACUCUUCUUCCUCAUUGAUGUGUUGGGCACUGAAAUCUUCUUGCUUGCAGUGAUGGCUUACGACCGCUAUGUGGCCAUAUGUAGUCCUUUACAUUAUGCUAAUAUAAUGAAUAAACGGCGGUGUAUUCAACUGACGGCUGGGAUUUGGCUAUUGGGCUUAAUUAAUUCUAUGAUUCACACCUCAUUGACUUUUAGAUUGUCUUUCUGUGGAUCUAAGAAAGUCAACCAAUAUUUCUGUGAUCUUCAACCUGUGAUGGCUCUCUCUUGCUCUUCUACUUUCCUUGCGGAAAUUGUUCAUCUACUUGUGGCUGGUAUUAUAGGAAGUGGGGCUUUUCUGGUCACCCUGAUCUCUUACAUCUACAUAAUUUCUACCAUCUUGCGCAUGUCUUCCACUGAGGGGAGGCACAAAGCCUUUUCCACUUGUGGGUCUCAUUUAAUUGUUGUAUGUCUUUUCUAUGGGGCCACCAUUGCUACCUAUGCCCGUCCCACCUCUUCUUAUUCAGGCAAACAGGGCAGAAUAAUUUCCAUGCUAUAUGGAAUCAUCACUCCCAUGCUGAACCCUAUGAUCUACAGUCUGAGAAAUAAGGAAGUUAAAAAAGCAUUGUACAAAGCCUUCAAUCUGAAAAGAUUUUCAUAAACAUCUCCUUUCUUUCCUUCUUUAAUGAUCAAAAUAUGUUAAGUUUUUAAAGUAUUGGUUUUU